AUGGACGACGAAUUUGUAGGACAGAUUGACCAGCUACUGCUCGAGGCAGAGCAGCGUCUUCAACCAGAUAAACCUACAUCAGCGUUAGCCACAUCGGUUCUGACAAGGCCUACCAAGCUCGAAACCCCCGCUGUAUCUUCAAAGGAGCCUGUCUCAAAGACAAGUCUGGCUGUGCGUGAUGCAUCGAAGCCAAUUCUACCAACCCAGAAAGGCGACUCAGCCGGCGCGAACUGGUUUGACAUGCCAAAAACAGACUUAACAACCGAAAUGAAACGAGACUGGCAAAUUCUACGUAUGCGGAAUAUCCUGGACCCUAAACAUCAGAGAAAAAACCUGCAGAGCGAGCCACCCAAGUAUUCUCAGGUUGGCGAGAUUAUUGCCGGACCUACCGACUAUUACAGUGCCAGAUUGACGCGUAAGGAGAGAAAGCGAAACUUGCUUGAAGAGGCGAUGAGCACACGUGAUGAUGUCAAGAUGAAGACGAAGUAUGCCGGCAUUCAAAAGAAUAAGACGAGUGGGAAGCGAGCCUUCUACCAGAACCUUGUCGUCAAGCCAUGGAUCGUUCAGCGCACUCAGGCUACUCUUGCGACGCCCAAUGAAAAACUACCCAAUUCGAUCGCCCCUCAGGAAGACGAGUCGGAACCAUCUGCACGAUACCCUCGAUCCAUCCAGGCGCUUCAUUUGAAACCUCUGAAGCGUGAAGCCGAAUACGGUAUUCCAUCGUGCGAUCUUCAACUUCGAUCUUUCAGCUUGCAGCCCCUUGUAUUCUUUACCGACUUUGCGUUACGGGCUGCCUACUACCUCGGGCUGCCCGCCUCUGGCCCCGUCCCUCUCCCUCGAAUCACACAACGCUGGACUGUUCCUCGCAGUCAUUUCAUCUUCAAGAAGUCACAGGAAAAUUUCGAACGAAUUACUUUGCGCCGCCUAAUACAGAUAAAGGACGGAAACCCAGAAACUGUUCAGCUCUGGCUGGCAUACCUGCGCAAGCACCAAUACUACGGAGUGGGUAUGAAGGCCAACAUGUGGGAGUUUGGCGAGCCUGGCGAGGGCAAGGCCAUGGAUGAAACGCUAGAGAAAGAGGUGGAGAAGCUGGAUGAGGCCUGGUCUCACAUGGGACAGACACAGGCCAUCGGUAAUGCUACCAAGGUCGAGGAGCUGUUGAGCAGUCGUAAACUCAAGCAGGCAGCAGGGCUACGGGAGCCUCCAACGACCGGCACAUCAUAG